GUAUCGACUGUCGCGAGAAUGUUGACGUUUUACCAGGAGCGUGCACAGUUUUGGGGGUACGACGGAUUUCCCCUGGUGCCGCUCCAUGUCUGGACUAGUACCUACGCGCUGUUUACCGCUCGUAUUUCCUGGGACGAUCCGUGCACCUACGAUUUUCCCGGACUGUUUUGCGACGAGCUGCCGCCGGAAAAACAAAGUGCGGACGAAGAGCAUUUUGCGAUGCUGAAAAUCCUCAUAUUUCUUCCACUCUACCUGCACCUGCUCCUCGUGCUUGCCACGCGGUGGAACCUGCGCCUCCGCCUCUUCCUGCGCUUCCGGCGCGUCAAAAAUGUCGAGGACGCCACUCAUGUCUUGCUAUCCUCGGAAUCAGUAGCUAGCAACGACACGCUUGACGUCGCCCCUAGAAGCGACAAAGGAAACAAAACGACAGGGCGCCCAAGUCACCAGCUUCUUCCUUUGCUGGAGGUCCGAUAUCCGGAGUUUGGAGAAGUUGCUGGUAAAUCGCCGUCGAGAUACGUGUUUGGUUUGCAAAAGCUGUCGCAUUCGAAAACAAAUGUUGCAGCCAAAACCACAAGUAGCGCAACGCUGAUCGCACCGAGUAAUUUAGGACGGAAAACGAGCACAGCUUCACGCACCACACAAGACGCAACUGCGGGCGGAAAGUCAAAGGGUACUGUCCGUGCGGACAGGAAGAAGCAGAGCAUUCUCUUGAAGGCACUUGAAAUCAUGUUUCUGGGUGAGGAGGCGGAUGAGCGUGGAGCGAAGGCCGAUGCUUUUGCAGAUUCCGCAUUCGACAGGACGGAAGGUGGUCUUUGUCUCGUCCAGCCCGAAGAACCCAACGCCAAGGUCGGACUCUUUCGACUUCUGACCCAGCCACGCAACCUUGUCGAAAAACUUUUUGGCGGCGUGUGGCACCCAACGAUAUUCGAAGAGUUGCGGAAAAGGAAAGUCGGCAUCAGCAGCUUACUUUUUAGGAUUUUGGCGAGGCGGCAGUACAGUCUGCGACCAGUGGUUUGCGAGGAAAACGAUGAAGCAAGAAGCACGAAACAAGCCUGCGUCUCUCUCUUUCUCAUCGACGAUCCGAAUAAGGGGAGGAUGAUUCUCGAGAAUCGGGACGGAGAAAAAAACAGCGCGUCCUCUUACUUCCGUAAGUUGCGAUUGGCACCGGACGUAUGUGUGGAUGAAGAAGUUGAAAAAGACGCCACCGAUGCGCGCCAGGUUAGAAGCCAGUUUCGCUCACGGUUCCACUUGCUCCACGGUACGAAUCAGUUUGACAUCGCCGCUCCGGAUCUGGCGACGGCAGCACUGGAGAAUUUCACGUCCCCGUUUUUCAUUUUUCAAAUCUCCUGCACGUUGUUGUGGAUGCUGGACAGCUACUGGUACUACUCACUCUUCACUCUAAUCAUGCUGGUCGCGUUGGAGGUGCAAUUUGCAGCUCGGCGCGUGAGCGACAUGCAGCUCCUACGGCGGCAAAUGGUUUUCCCAAACGUGCCGACACUUCUACUGACAUCCGAUGACGCGUCCGGAAAAGCAAGUUCGCAGCGCUGGAAGCUCGUUGGGAGCCGG